AAAGCCGGCGUCCUGCCGCGCGAUGCCCCUGCUCGGACUUCUUCCCAGGAGGGCCUGGGCUUCGCUGCUCAGCCAGCUCCUGCGACCGCCCUGCGCUUCGUGCACCGGGGCGGUCCGUUGCCAAAGCCAGGUUGCAGAGGCAGUGUUAACAUCCCAACUGAAAGCACAUCAAGAGAAACCAAAUUUUAUUAUCAAGACCCCAAAGGGUACCAGGGAUCUUAGUCCUCAGCAUAUGGUUGUGAGGGAGAAAAUUCUUGAUUUGGUUAUCAGCUGCUUUAAACGUCAUGGAGCAAAGGGGAUGGACACCCCAGCAUUUGAGCUGAAGGAAACGCUGACUGAGAAGUAUGGAGAGGACUCUGGGCUCAUGUAUGAUCUGAAGGAUCAAGGUGGAGAGCUGUUGUCCCUCCGCUAUGACCUUACUGUUCCCUUUGCUCGUUAUCUGGCCAUGAAUAAGGUGAAGAAGAUGAAACGUUAUCAUGUUGGAAAGGUGUGGCGGCGAGAGAGCCCAACCAUAGUCCAAGGCCGUUAUAGGGAGUUCUGCCAGUGUGAUUUUGACAUUGCUGGUCAGUUUGACCCUAUGAUCCCUGAUGCAGAGUGUUUGAAGAUCAUGUGUGAAAUCCUAAGUGGAUUGCAGUUGGGAGACUUUCUCAUUAAGGUAAAUGACCGGCGGAUUGUGGAUGGGAUGUUUGCUGUCUGUGGUGUUCCUGAAAGCAAGUUCCGUGCCAUCUGCUCCUCCAUAGAUAAACUAGACAAGAUGGCUUGGAAAGAUGUGAGACAUGAGAUGGUGGUGAAGAAAGGCCUGGCUCCUGAGGUGGCUGAUCGAAUUGGGGACUAUGUCCAGUGUCAUGGUGGGGUAUCCCUAGUAGAGCAAAUGUUUCAGGAUCCCAGACUAUCCCAGAACAAGCAGGCCCUGGAGGGCCUGGGAGACCUAAAGCUGCUAUUUGAAUACCUGACUUUAUUUGGAAUUGCUGAUAAGAUCUCCUUUGACCUCAGCCUGGCUCGGGGCCUAGACUACUAUACAGGAGUGAUCUAUGAAGCAAUGCUGCUGCAGACCCCAACUCAGGCUGGGGAGGAGCCCCUGAAUGUGGGCAGUGUGGCUGCUGGUGGGCGCUAUGAUGGGCUGGUGGGCAUGUUUGACCCCAAGGGCCACAAGGUGCCAUGUGUGGGACUCAGCAUUGGGGUUGAGCGAAUCUUCUACAUUGUGGAGCAGAGGAUGAAGACCAAAGGUGAGAAGGUGCGGACUACAGAGACUCAAGUGUUUGUGGCCACACCACAGAAGAACUUUCUCCAAGAACGGUUGAAGCUUAUUGCAGAGCUUUGGGAUUCUGGAAUCAAGGCAGAGAUGCUAUACAAGAACAACCCCAAACUAUUAACCCAGCUGCACUAUUGUGAGAGCACGGGCAUUCCACUGGUGGUCAUUAUUGGUGAGCAAGAACUGAAAGAAGGGGUCAUCAAGAUCCGUUCAGUGGCCAGCAGAGAGGAGGUGAGUGGCGGCGGCAGAAAUAGAAGGGACGAAGUGUUUCUGCCUUUCCCAGAUUCUGUAAGAAAUAUGCAUCUUCUGGCUGAGAAAUUAUCUUCAUGGUUAAUAGUGGUAGAGAUGAACAAACACCCAUUCCAGAUGACCAUUGCUGCCUGUGAGUAUUGACUGGGUGGCCAGAAGAAAGACAAAUGAAAUCCGAAUGGGUAUUUUGAGACUAAUCAACAUAAUAGACGUAGAUCAGGUGUUUGAAUCCCUUUCAUCUUGAGGGUAUACAUUCUUCAGGUCAACCCACACUACUCCCUUCUGGUUGUAAAAGUAAUGGGAGCAGAUGCAGAGUAAAACAAAUCUGGAAAAACAGUGGCUAAGGAGUUAGUAUCACUUUCUAGUUUAUCACAUGAGGAUUCUCUUAUGUUUCAGGUGGCCAUUAAACGGGAAAAUUUUGUGGCUGAAAUUCAGAAGCGACUGUCUGAGUCUUGAUCCUUGCCUGAUUCCCAUCUGCUGCUCUUUGUAGAAAAGGUUUCCUCUAGAACUGAAUUCCUCUGGAAUUGAGUGAUGGACUUCACAACAACUAGCCAGGAAGGGUGACAAGUACCUUCUGCCUCCUCCAUUCUUCCUGGGUGCAGAACUGUAGAAGACCCUGAGGACUCCUGGGCUAGUGUGAGCAGCUAUUCUGCAUGGGUGCAGAUGGCUGGUAUGUGAAAGAGACAUGCUCUAGCUGCAGAGGCAAAUUUGAAGUGCCACGGAAUGUUGUCAAGAGGUACUGAGAUUGUUGCUGUGAGCAAGGCUCUGGGAGAGUCACCUCAGGCUGAGGAUUCUGAACCAUUGAGAUCAGAAACCAGAUACUUAGCCUUCUACUGUAGCUACGGAACCAGAUUCUGGUGAAUUUGUCCACAAUCAGCCAUUGGCCUGUCUGGGGAGUUUUUGGAAGACAGCAAAGAGGGGCAAUGGCUGCUUUCAGCUUUGAGGACAGAUGCUAUCCUAAGGGCAUGGCAGUACCCAUGUUGAUUUGACAUCUCUCUAGCCCAUCCAUUGCUAACAGUAGAAGAGUGGGGCUGUAUGCUUGAUAAUCUUGAACAUUGAACUUAAUAGAUGACUUGACAAGGUAGAGAUCUGAUAUUUUGAGGUUUUGGAGACCAUUUCCUGUGCCAGAAUCACUGCUCUAUUCCAUGCCGUGCCAUGGAGGCUGUUUUAGAAGUGGUUGGAUAACACGUUAAAUAAAAUAUUAAGUGUA